AUGCAGCCGGUUCUGUUUCCGCCGAGUCGCUCUGAGGCUACCUCCCGCCGGGCCAGAGACGCCUCGAAGCAGGGCCCCUGGCGGUGCUCCAACUGCCCCAAGGAGUUCGCUCAGAAGGAAUAUCGGUACAAGCAUCAACAGCGCUGUAUUCAAUCGUCCCAACGACAAAAGCUAUCCAAGCAGAAGUCUUGCACAGCUUGCGCAUCCUCCAAAUUGAGCUGCGACUUGGGCACGCCGUCAUGUUCACGCUGCAUCAACAGGAACAAGACGUGCCGAUACGUCUCGGCCAACAAUCCCAACGCCACGUCUCAGCAGAUCGAGGCAUCCCAACGGCCUCGGGGGCACCACGCUCGCACCAGUUCGGGACAGGCCUAUGAUAACGAUAGCGUUGUAGGAAAUAGCUCAUCGUUGUCAAUUUACUCUACUCGUCGUCAAUCAGAUCUUGAGCCUGGAGCUGUCAUGCAGGACGCGGGGAACCAAAACCGCACCUCUGCCACCUCCAACGGCCUGCCACUUGCAGCUCUCCAACAACAGCCAUUGCCUGCACGUACCUCUCACGGUAUCGAUAUAAAUGGGUGGCAUGCGAACACACAGACAAAUAGACCAACUGUUGGUUUUGGAGAUCCUACGCCAAGCCCGGGCCAGCUUGAGAGGGACAGCAUCUCAUUAUUUGACUUGACCAAUGAGACAGACCCUGCGUCUCGAUGGCAGCAAGAAAUACCUUGGUUCUCACAGAAUGCAUUUCUCUCCCCUGAACUGCCUAUAUCGCCAGAGCUCGAUGACCCUAUGCAAGGGGGAGGCUUCACGGGUGCUUCUGAGGAUCUCAACUUCGAUCUCCUGGGCUCACUUGGGAUCUUGACUCAGAAUCGAAUCACUCCGGGCCAGGCAUCGCAACCGGGCGGAUUUUCAACCAUGCUAAAUACGCCAGUCUCAUCUGAUGGUCACUACCCAAGAACAACAUCUAUUGCCAAUCACCAUAGUAAUCAAAACUCUCCACUUGAUGUGGAAGCCGAUGCCGAACAAGGCAAAACUCUUCAUAGUGCUGUCAAAGCUGCGCGUGGCAUGGAGUUGCCACCUACCGCCACACCACGUCUGCCAUACGGUAUCAGUCGAAACCUACAGUCAUGCCCGUUUCACAGACUCCACAAAGACGAUGAUCUCAUUAAAAUGGUCAGCAACUACCCCAGCAUCAUGUUGCGACCCGGAGUAUAUCCCCCAUUUGUACAUCACAAGCUUUACCGAUGUUCUGCUGGGGACGUUGCAGAGCCGCUUGCUAAGGCAUUCUGCUGUGUCGGGGCCUUCUACGCAUCUGUUCCUGUCAGCGAGAUAUUUGUUUACUCGCUCAUAAAUGAAGAGACUAAUAAGCUUGUUAAAGGAUUUCAUCAAUUACCAGGUUCUGAUGCAGACAUGCUAGCGGUGGUCCAUGCCAUGUGUAUCUACCAGAUCCUAGGGUUCUUUGUCAGCGUAAAUCCAGAACAGACGCGUGCAGCCGAGUCACAACAGAUGUUCUUCCUUAAGAUGACCAGACGUCUCGCUAAACAAUAUCUCCAAACCUCAACAGUCGAGGACGGCGGAGAGAGCAACUGGCGCAAAUGGCUUAUGGAUGAGACAAUACGAAGAACCGUUUUCCUUGUCAAUGCCAUAAAUACUCUUUCCUGUCGUGUUCAGAAGCAAGAUCCAAACUAUUUCGAGCCUCUAGACAACGAUCUUAUUCACAACCUGACUCUCCCAGCACCUGAGGCAAUCUGGAAAGCUUCGUCGGCAGAGGAAUGGUCUCUCGCCAAGUCUCAACUUCCUGCUGAUGACUUUGCUCGGACAAAAGUCACUGUCCGCCGGGCUGUUGAUCAGAUCAAGAAUUCCGGAAGGUCUAGGGAUCGAGGCACUCCUAUUAGCCCGCUCGAGUUCGAUAUGUUUGAUGACUUCACAAAGCUAGUCAUUGCUACAGCAGAUGUACAGUAA